AUAAUACAAUUGCACAUUUUCCCCUACAUGAUGUGUGAUGUAGAGCCGUUUUAUAUCAGCUGUGGCUGCAACAGAACCCCUCACUGUCUGGAUUGGGCGUCAUCGGGGGUGAUUUGUUUUGGAGCCAGUCAUGCUGUAGCAAUUUAUUACCCAGAGGGAUAUGCAAAUGGACAUGGAACCAUAUCCCAAACACUGAUUAAGCAUUCUGAUCGAGUGAAUUGUGUCAAGUGGAUUAGUAAUUCGAACAGGCAGCUUUGUGAUGAACGGUUUAUUUCGGGCUCUGUGGACAAAACUGCAAUUGUAUGGAAAAAGGAAAAAGAUGGUCAGUACAAAGCAGCAGCUGUUCUUGAUUUCCACUCUGGGCCAAUCACAAUAGUGAAUGGAUUAGAAUUAACCAAUCAGAAUGUGACAUACGUUGUUACAGGCUCCACAGACUCCCAGAUUAUGAUAUGGAAGGAUUUGGGAACUAAUGAGUUCUCCCCCUUGCAAAGCAUCAGUUUUGGCUCUGGUUUUGUUCUUGACAUCUCUCUUGUUUGUCUACCAUCUGAGGAAGUCCCUCUCUUGGCCUGUGGAUGUGAUGACCACAAGGUUCAUAUAUAUGCCUUACAAGAUGACUUCAAGAUUUUUCAGACUUUCUCCAAGGUCAUAUCUCUACAAGGUCAUGAGGACUGGGUGAGAGCGGUGGACUUCUGUGUGGAAGAUGGUGGUGAUAUUAUGUUGGCAAGUGCUGGUCAGGAUUACCUCAUCAGAAUCUGGAGGCUGUCAUCCCGACAGGCUGGAAUUGAUGAUGUCAUCAAAUCUGUUAAACAGCUGUCUAUAGACGAAGAAAUAAAAAUGAGAGAAAACACUUUCAGCUUUACACACAAAGAAAAAAAACACAUGUUUGCUGUAAGAUUGGAAUCAGUUUUAAGUGGACAUGAAAACUGGAUCUAUAGUAUACGGUGGCAACUCCCUGUGGUCAUGGAAACCUCCAAUCAUCAGCCAAUGAGAUUGCUGUCAGCCUCAAUGGACAAAACAAUGAUUACCUGGAUGCCAGAUCUGGAUUCUGGAGUAUGGAUUGAACAAAUGCGGGUGGGAGAGGUCGGUGGAAAUACCCUGGGAUUAUACGGGGGAAUGUUUGCACCGGAUGGAAGGUCUAUCAUCGCCCAUGGUUAUCAAGGCGCAUUCCAUCAGUGGUCCUUGGAUGAGGAAGGUAAGCAGUGGCGACCAGUGGUGACAGGAAGUGGCCACUUUGAUGAGGUGGAGGAUCUGAGCUGGGACACCGGUGGUCAGUUUGUGUUGUCUGUUUCUAAAGACCAAACCACGCGGUUACAUGCUCCCACAACAUACAAACAAGGAAAGGAAAUUUGGUAUGAGAUUGCCCGACCACAGGUCCAUGGAUAUGAUCUACAAUGUUUAGCUGUCAUCAAUCGCUAUAAGUUUGCUUCAGGGGCAGAUGAAAAAGUCAUAAGAGCAUUUGAGGCCCCCAGGAAUUUCAUUGAGAAUUUUUGUUCCCUUUGUGGUAAAGAGCUAAAAACAGAACUUCAGAAAGAGGAAGCUCAGAAUCGGCCUGAGGGCGCUAGUGUCCCUGCUCUGGGACUGUCCAACAAAGCGGUAUUUACCGAGGAGAGGGUUCCAGAUGACAGGGAGCUGCAGCCCCACCCCAAUGAUCAGUAUCCUGAGGUCUACUUCACUCCAAUGACUCUCACAGAGCCCCCUACAGAGGAACAGCUUUUACAAAACACUCUGUGGCCAGAGACCCAGAAGCUGUAUGGUCAUGGAUACGAGAUCUUCUCUUUGGCGUGUGAUCCAAGUGGAAAAGUUCUGGCCUCAGCCUGCAAGGCUGCUAAAGCAGACUUUGCAGGCAUCAUCUUGUGGGAUACUGUUGACUGGACACAGUUAUGUUCCCUGCAUAGCCACACACUCACUGUCACUCAGAUGGCAUUUUCACAUAAUGGUAACUUCCUGUUGUCUGUGUCCAGGGACAGAACGUGGGCAGUUUACAGGAAGAAAACAGCAGAUCAACCAGAGUCAGAUCCCCUUUUCAGUAAAUUGACUGGAACAGACAAGAAAACGGCAGUCCACACAAGAAUCAUUUGGUCGUGUGCCUGGAGUCCGAAUGAUGAACAUUUCUUCACAGCAUCAAGGGACAAAAAGAUCAUCGUGUGGCAGAACCCGGGUCUGUGUGAGGGUGGUGACUGUCAGUCGGUCGACUCCGUGACACUCCCUGACUCAGUCACUGCCAUUGAUGUCUCCAGUUACCUCCUGACCGAAAACAGGCACUUGCUUGCAGCUGGUCUUGACAAUGGGAGAAUCACACUCUAUACCUGGAAACAUACUGCUGAUAAAUCAAGCGGAUGGGUUCUCUUAGCAGAGCUGGAUCAAAGGCAAUCUCACCAUCUAACUGUAAAGAGGAUUCGCUUCUCUCCUCAACUAAAAGACAAGAAAAUACAGGAAAUUGCUAGCUGCAGUUUGGAUCAUUGUGUCAAACUAUACAGGACAGAUAUCACUAAAUUAUGAAUGCAAUAAAUUAUGUUACGUUAACUUUUUGUACAAAGUAUUUGCAAUUUCAUUUAUUGUACAAACUGAAUAAAUGAUAUAAAUAAAUCAAAUAAUAUGUUUUAUAUGACUUUUAAAAGCAUUGAUGCUGAAAGAUUUUAAGUUCAAAAUGAUUGCCAUAGACAUCUGAAAAUACGGUUGAUAUGGAUCACUGGCUAUACUUUUGUCCAGUAUCUCCAGUUUUUUGUCUGCACAUUUAGACAAAAAUGUAACAUUAAACAUUUUUAAUCAACUUUGAUUAAAGUUG